AUGGAAGAACAACAACAUCUAAUAGCAUCACGGAGAGCACACAGAGCACAUUUAACGAAAGUUUUGAAGAAAAUUACCGAACUAAAAGAAGUAGAAGACGAUCAAAAUGAACAGCAUGCUAUUGUGACACUUGGCAGUUAUUUAGAGCAACUCCAACGGAAAGGACACGUACUAUCAGAACUAGACAAUAAGAUAUUUGAACUAUUCACAAAACCUGAAGAUUUGGAAGCAGAUAUUAUCGAGGCAGAAGACACACAGAGUUUUAUCGCAGAGACAAUUUGUACAACUAAAAAUUUUAUUGAGAACAAAAUCAAGUCCAUGAACAUAAGUCAGCACGACCAAGCAGCAGGAGCGAGUAACAAUAUUCAACAAACGCCAGAAAGCAACCAGGCAACAAGCAGUGAGAGUGAACCAGCAGGAAAUCAACCAUCAACACCAGAAGAGACACAACCACAAUCAAGCACAGUAAGUGAAAAUUUACCUGUCAAUUUAAACCAGCCACCCACUACAAGUACGUCAGUUACAAGUACAAACCCCACCAUUUCGAACAGUAGUUACAGCAUGAGUCGACUCCCAAAGUUAGCACUACCAACCUUUGACGGCAACCCCUUGAAUUGGCAAACGUUCUGGGAUUCCUUUCGCACAGCAGUACACGAUAACCCGUAUCUAAGCAACAUACAGAAACUGAACUAUUUAAGAGCCCAGUUAAUUGGGGAAGCAUCAAGGUCAAUCGCUGGAUUUCCUUUAACCGAAAAUAACUAUCUAGAGAGUAUCAAACUAUUACAAGAGAGAUUUGGUCAACAACACAGCAGUGAGUGCACACAUGCAAGCAUUAUUAAACAUACCAAGCCCGACAAGUACCUUGUCUAGUCUAAAGAGUUUCUACGACACAUUGGAAACACAUAUCCGUGCACUCGAAGCGUUAGGAAAAUCACACGAUUCAUAUGGGGACAUUUUGAUUCCUAUAAUCCAUAAGAAAUUGCCAGCAGACUUGAUAAAAACACUUACGAGAGAACACAACACUAAUGAAUGGAAACUAGAUGAGCUCCGAAAGGCAAUACGCAGAGAAAUCGACAUAUUAGAAGUAGGCGAAAAUAACCCCGCUAAGCAACACCCAAAUGAAAUUUGUCCAGACCCACCUACAGCAGCAUUUGCCAUUGGACAAUCAAAAAAUUCGACAUACAAGCCCCGUCAUGUACCAUCAACCACAGCAAAGCGAGCAUGUGUUUACUGCAAAGGUUUGCAUAGUCCAAAUAACUGUACUGUCAUAACUGACAAGAAACACAGACACAACAUAGUGCGAGAUUUCAAACUAUGUUUCAAUUGUCUUAAUGAUAAUCACAUUGUGUCCCAGUGCAAGACAAGGGGUCGAUGCAAAAUUUGUCAUCGCAAACAUCACACAAGUUUAUGUUCAGCAGAAAAUCCCCCACCUCCCAACCAAGAUAAACAGGACCCCACACCAAAUGUUCCAAACCAAUCAGUAAAUACAAUUAAUACCGCCCCAACCGAAAACAUGGCCACACCCACAUCUAUUUCACCCGCAGCAACAACGCCCACAACCAUUUCACCCACAACAAUUCAACAUCUAAGUGAAAACAAACACAAGUCAACAUUGUUGAAGACAGCCAUCUCUCCAAUUGAGUACAUUGGGUCAACAGUUACUGCCCACAUUUUGUUUGACGAAGGGUCUCAUCGUUCAUUUAUCACCAGUAGCUUAGCCAGGAAUGUGGGUCUAACAGCUGAACGUGAGGAAACCCUUUCCCUCGCCACAUUUGGUGGGACAACCACAUCAGUAAGAAGAGUAGAAGUAGGUACCAUCAACUUGCAGACUCCUGUAGGAGAAAACAUUCCCAUUGAAGUUAUCAUUGUUCCCACAAUUGCUGCCCCUUUACAAAGUUUUAGCACCAUUGAUUUGCAUAAUUUGCCCCACCUUAAAGGACUGACAUUUGCACACCCAAUAACGAAUGAGCAUACCUUUGACAUUGAUUUAUUGAUUGGAGCAGAUCAUUAUUGGAAUGUCGUUGAAGAUGAAAUAAUCAAGGGUUCUGGUCCAACAGCAGCAAAGUCAAAGAUUGGUUAUCUCCUGUCAGGACCCAUUCCACUGACCAACCAAACGUCUGCAUUAAACACCACCAUUUUAAACAUCAUGACAGCAAGCAAGGAUGAUGAAUUUGAAUUCCGACGUUUUUGGGAGCUAGAGUCAAUUGGAAUUCAACCACGUGAAAAGGACGAUACAUCAGAUUUCUUGCAACAAUACCAAGACACAUCUAUUUCCCUGAAAGACGGAAAAUACCAUGCCAAAUUACCGUGGAAACCCGAUCAACCAAUCCUACCACCCAAUGCUGAAAUCGCUGCGAAAAGAACAAGAUCAAUGGUACGACGAAUGGCGAAUGAUCCAGAGAAGUUAAAAAUGUACAACGACGUGAUCAUUAAUCAAGAAAAACAAGGUUUCAUCGAGAAAGUGGAAAACCCAAACAUGAACACUCGAACAUGUCACUAUAUUCCUCAUCACGCCGUAAUUAAAGAGUCGUCUACCACACCACUACGAGUCGUUUAUGACUGUAGUUGCCGUAAAUCUUCAGAUCACGCAAGUUUAAACGAUUGUUUAACAACUGGACCCCCAAUCCUCAACGAUUUAACAGCAAUAUUGCUCAGAUUCCGUCAGCCGAAGUACGGAUUAACAGCAGAUAUCGAAAAGGCAUUUUUAAAUAUUGUCCUGGAUGAAGAAGAUCGUGAUGCUACCCGCUUCUUCUGGUUGAACGACCCGAGCGAUCCAACUAGUGCCUUUGAUGUUUACCGAUUUAAACGUGUGUUAUUUGGGGCGACGAGUUCACCAUUUAUUCUAAAUGCCACCCUUGAUAAACACUUAAAACAAUUCAAUGAUCCAGUAGCGAAACGUAUUCGUGAAGACAUUUAUGUUGACGACCUUGUGUCCGGAGCCCAAGAUGAUGACGAAGCAGUUUCAUUUUAUACCAAAGCACGAACACUGAUGACACCUGGUGGAUUUAACUUGAGAUCUUGGGCAUCGAACAACCCUGUUGUCAAGACGAUCGCAGCGAAAGAAAACCUUUUAAAUGACAAUCUGAAACCUAAAGUUCUUGGCAUGCAGUGGGAUACUAUCAACGACACCCUCCUCUACCCCAACAGAGUGACCACAUCCGAAUCCAAUCCCCCAACGAAACGUGAAGUAUUACGUACUUCAUCAAAGAUAUAUGACCCCAUUGGGUUCCUUAACCCCGUAGUCGUUAAUGCGAAAAUUCUGAUGCAAGAGAUAUGGAAGAGAGGGUUGCAAUGGGAUGAACUAUUACCACCGGAAAUACAAGCGAGUUGGGAGAAACUAACCAAAGAAUUACAAGCAAGCACCCAUGUACAAUUACCUCGUCAAUACUUUCCAUCAACAAAUGGGUUGCCCGAGGAUACAGAGUUACACAUAUUCGUAGAUGCGAGCUUGAAAGCUUACGGUGCCGCAGCAUAUGUUAAAUCUUCCAAAGCCAAUCAUUCCUCCUUUGUUAUGGCAAAGUCGAGAGUUGCGCCAUUGAAAAAGUUGACGUUACCCCAAUUAGAACUAACGGCAGCUUCGAUAGGAGCACGGUUAUGCUCGUACUUGGCAAAAGUACUACAAGUUACGAACGUUUUCUUGUGGAGUGAUAGCCAAAUCGUCCUCCAUUGGCUUCACAGUACCAAACAACUUAAACCUUACGUUGCCAGCCGGAUUGCAGAAAUCAAAACUCUUACAUCUAUCGAAAAUUGGAAAUACUGUCCCACAGAAGAUAACCCCGCAGAUUUACUAACACGAGGCAUCACCACCAACCAACUCAAUGCAUCAGAAAUCUGGCGAACUGGACCAACUUGGUUGCUAGCAACUCCAGAGACGUGGCCAUCUUGGACACCCUCAACUCACCUCUUACUAACCCAAACUGAGGAUUCCACAAACGAAGAAAAUGUAUCGAGAACACCUGAAGAUCCGUACAAACAACCCGGAUUCCAUCAUCUAUUAACGGUCUCUAAAUUUAGUAAUCUCUCACGACUAGUGAACGUCGCAGCAUACGUUUUACGGUUUGUGAAAAACUGCAAAGACAAUCAAGUCAAGGAAAUCGGACCUCUAACCCCACGCGAAAGGGAUGAAGCAACUCGUCAGUUGAUCCAGAACGCACAACAAUUGACAUACCAUAACGAAAUCAAUAAUCUCGCAGCGAAAAAGGCACAACGAUUACCUUUAGUACGCCAACUUCGUCUAUUCAAGGACAAGUUUGGCCUUCUUCGCUCCGGUGGGAGAAUACACAACGCGCCCCUCGCAGAAUCAACGAAAUUCCCAAUACUUCUACCACCGAGAAAUGACUUCACAAAGCUCAUAAUCGUCGAAACUCAUGUUCGCCAAUUACACUCGGGUGUGAACGCGACACUAACAGCGCUACGUCAACGAUAUUGGAUUCCUUCCGGACGACAACUCGUGAAGAAGAUCAUCAAUAAAUGUGUCACCUGCAGGAAGAUAUGCGGAAGCUCGUAUAAUCCUCCAGAUCCACCACCAUUGCCGAAAGCAAGACGUCAACAAACACGACCAUUUGAAAUCACAAGUGUUGAUUUCACUGGAGCAUUGUACGUAAAAGAAUCGGGAACGGAAAAUAAAGCAUACAUUUGUCUCUUUACAUGCGCCACCACAAGAGCUGUACAUCUCGAAAUUGUGUCGGACAUGUCUGUACCAACGUUUAUCCUUGCAUUCCGUAGAUUUGUUGCUCGGAAAUCACUACCCAAGUUAAUGAUGUCAGACAAUGCUUCUACAUACUUGUCGGCAGCCGAAGAACUGAAGAAAUUGUUUGAAUCACCCAUACUGAAAGAGACACUCAUUAGACAGAAUGUACAAUGGCAAUUCAUUCCAAAGAGAGCACCGUGGUUCGGUGGCUUUUGGGAGAGAUUGAUAGGACUGACGAAAACAGCUUUAAAGAAAGUACUUGGAAGAGCGUCAGUGAACUUAGUAAUGCUACAAACACUCGUGGUGGAAAUCGAAGCCAUUUUAAACGAUAGACCAUUGACAUACGUGUCGUCAGACGUAAAGGACCAACAACCACUUACACCAUCGCACCUCUUAUAUGGCAGAAGAAUAACAGUCCUACCAAAUGAGUCCCUAGAGGAAGAUGAGUUGAUUGAUCCGAACUUCAACGAAAAUGUAGAAAUCCAAAGGAACGCCAAGAGACUAGUACUACUCCUACAACACUUUGAGCAACGUUGGAGACAAGAGUAUCUCACAUCCUUGCGAGAAUUCCAUAAGAAUACUGGUACAGAAAAGGAAACUAUCAAAGUAGGAGACGUUGUACAAGUCCAUGAUGAUAAAUCUCGAUUAACAUGGAGAUUAGCAGUGAUCGAAAGUUUAAUUCGAGGACGGGAUGGACAUGUGCGAGCUGCUAACAUUCGAACAGCAUCCGGAAAGACUAAUAGACCCAUAACGAAACUUUAUCCUCUAGAAGUAGCAGCUAAAACAGAAGAACCAGGCCUCGUAGACAAGGAUUGUGUCCAACAAGAAAAUGCAGCAACCGAAAUUACUCCACGACCGAAACGGACAGCCGCGUGUAAAGCAGUUGAACAAAUCAGGAGAUGGACCCGAGAACUUCGCGUGCCCCCGAAGGAUGUCGUAAAUAAGUAGACAAACAUUAUACAUUGAUAACAUGAAGUAUUGACUGUUUUCGCGCCUUUUUCAUUGACGCCAUGUUGUUGUUAUUCCACGCUUUAUAUUAUCGAAAGAACCUGUAUUAAUCGUAACAAUAUACCAAUAAAUACUUGAAACUUAUAAUAUAAGAAAAAGCGGUUUCGAGAACCAGAAAGUGUUGAGCACAGUAUUGUGCACAGUAUUGUCGCUCGGCUGACAAGGUUGGGGAUCCGAAAAACGAUCUAUCAGAUUGUGUGUGCGAUAAGGCGCUAUCUGGUGGAAAAUGAAAGAGCCGAAGUGAAUAUAUAUUUUAUAGACGGUAAACAUUACUGGUAAGUUGCUGUAUUAUUAAAGCGCUGUUUAUUAUGAUAGUUGGUAAAAAAGUUGGUUUUCCUAUAUUUAUGUAGUUGUCAAACGUUCAGGAAAAGUGUUAGCUAUAAAGUGUAGUUAGAAUAAAUUUCUAAAUACAACUUACUGUAUUUAGAAAUAAUUCUAAACAUAGCAAUUAAAUAUAUUUGCAUAAUCUUUUGUUUACCCCUCAAUUUCCCUAUUGUUCAAAGCCCUUCCCACUUGAAGUAAUUAAAGUCCUGGUCUAGACGGGGUAUCCAGAUAGAUACACGUGAUGUAAAUUAAACCAUGUCAUUCGCCGAAAUGCUAUGAAUAUCUAAUGAUGUAUGAGAAAGGACUUGUGAGUCUAUCAUCGGAUCAAGCUAUAUGGCACUUUUGUUUUGACAAGUAAAAUCAUCUGGUGUUAAACAGAGUAAAAGCAAGGACCAAAUAACCACCAAUGUGUAAAGCUGGUAAAUGUUCUGAAUCAAUUCGACAUAUUAGUGCAUGACUGUGAUUAAAUCAUAUUUGGGUACAGUACUAAGUUCCAUGUACUGCUUUUGAAAUCUGUUUCUGAAUUAAAGCUGAAUAAUGCUACAAAGCUGCUUUGUUUUACAUAUUUUAUACAUUAUUACAGUACUACAAGUAUAUAUUAUUCAGUAAACAUUUUUGAUAUUACAGAGUUCCGAAAAACAUUAUUCCCGACAUUAUAAUUAAUAUAUUUGAAGGUCAUCAAAACCAUGUUGCAUGUACACAGAAUUUAGUUGAACUAAAAAAAUAAUAAAAUCUUUAUUAUUUUACUCUUUCCAAUGCCAGAUUAUUUUAUCAUCAAGGGGAGAGCGCUGGCUUUCAAUGGGUUAGGUAAUUGUAUCAGCAUAAAGAUUUUAUUGUUGGAUGGCAGAAUGCCAAAAAAUGCUUAGAUUUUUCAAGGUCGUAUAUUGGAAGAUGAUGCUGACUAAUGGGUUACGGUUCACUAGUACACAGAAGGGUUCACUAGUCCAAACGUUCACUUUUAUCUGUCCGAAAUACACACUUUAAUUAAGUAACUUCUGAAUUACAAUUACGUGCUGAAUCACAUUUAUCUGCUGUGAACAGCGUUGGCAAUGUGGUUGUUGGACACUUUUGGCCAGACGAGAUCGCGGUGAUUUCCAGGAUAGGAGAAAGCAAAUUCGUUGAAUUACCAGACUUCAAAGAAGGUACUAGUUAUCAGCCAAUCGUAUGACUCGCUGUUGAUAAAAAUAUGAUGUUUAUGUUUUCAAGUUGAUUGGUUCGCUAUGCUACACAUACAGACAAUAGCUCUGUGGAAAGUUACAUGCUGAGUGUAUUGGAUGAAAAUUAUAAUGUAAAGUAUGACUGUAGAUUUAAAUCUCAGAUGAUGAUUUGGUGUGCCUUGAUCGCUAUAAAUAAAAACAAUAUCCAAUCUCGUAUGCAUACUCUGGGUACGAGAGAUUGUAAUUUCAUCAUCAGUGAUAAAAAGCAAUGAUCCCCAUGUGUAUGUCUGUACAACAUUGGACAAUUGAAAGAGAAGUUUGAACAAUACAAUUUCAAAAAAAGUUUAAAUCAUGAUAUCAUCAGGUGAUAACAUGGCUGUUAACUUCUACUCAGAGGAAGGGAAUCUGAAGUCAACAAUAAAACUACCAGAACAUCGCGAGGUCGAUGGAAUGGUAUUUCACCAAGUCAUUUAUAAAAUGACAUAG